UAUAGGGAAGUGACUGAGCCCCGUAACAAGCGCCACAACCAGAAACAAAUAGAUAGUACUGUUAGCACAGACUUUCUGUGUGACCCGGUCACCCGGAGCCCGUGUGCCAUUAGUGCCGUGGUUAAAAACGCCCAUGUGCACCUGUCUUAUCAGAAUGACUGUGCACUUUGUGAAGGUUAUUUUAUAGCAGGAAGACACAGAGUUACUGACUCAGUUCUGCCAGUUGUUUGAAAUGGCACCAGUGAGGAGAAUGCUAGGCACCUCGGUGUUUCUAUGCGUAGCAGCCCUGUCCUUUGUUCAGGCAGGGAAGAUUCUUGUAGUGCCAGUAGAGGGGAGUCACUGGAUCAAUAUAAAGAUUCUUAUGAUGGAGCUGUUUCAGAGAGGCCACGAGCUAACCUUCCUCAGGCCCUCUAACAGUUUGUACAUCGACGAGUAUUCAGAGGAGUUCCGUGUUAUAAAUGUGCCAGUGGCUGAAACGUACGCGCUGAGCAGAGACGAGUUUGAGAAGCAUGCCCUGGAAUGGGUCUUCAGAGUUGCUACGACUAAGCAUUCGUCUCCUUUCUCUUUAGCUUGGAAUUUCAUUCAGGCCAUCCAGUCAGGGAUACAGCCCGUGUCUGCUGCAGUAAGUGCACUUUUUGAAGACAGUACCAUUAUGACCAAUCUGAGAAAUGCUAACUUUGAUUUGGUCCUGGCUGACCCCUAUAAUAUUGCAGGGCCGAUGCUGGCUCACCAUCUGAAGCUCCCUAUGGUAUUUUUUGGAAGAUGGAUGCCCACAGAAGACAUUCAUUUUGCUACUGCGCCUUCGCCCUUGUCCUAUGUGCCCGUAAUAAAUUCUCGGAUGACAGAUAAGAUGGUGUUUUCAGAAAGGGUGACUAACGUUCUCAUGUUUUCCAUGUAUUAUGCCGCCAGCCACUUGCUGAUCUAUCCAGUUUAUGAUAAACUAUGCCAGCUCUACCUCCACACAGAUGUUGGAAUAUUCGAGAUGUACAAGAAGGCUGAUAUAUAUCUCAUGAAAGUAGAUUUUGUUUUCGAGUUCCCACGACCAAUAAUGCCAAAUGCAGUGUACAUAGGUGGAUUUCAGUGCAAGCCAUCUAAACCUCUUCCACAUGACUUACAAGAAUUCAUGGAUGGCGCAAGCCAAGGAGUGGUGGUAUUUUCCUUGGGAACUCUAGUCAAGUAUCUGCCUUACAAUAUAGCCAGGGAAAUUGCUGCAGGCUUAGCUCAACUAUCAGAAAAAGUAAUCUGGCGUUACGCUGGAGAAAAACUAGACACCCUAGGAAAUAACACAAUGGUUGCAGAUUGGAUACCCCAAAAUGACAUUCUAGGCCAUCCUAAUACCAAAGCAUUCUUAGCACAUGGUGGAGAAAACGGUGUUUAUGAAGCUAUUUACCAUGGAGUCCCCAUAGUCGGUAUCCCACUUUUUGGUGAUCAGUACGAGAACAUUCUGCGUUUGAAGACAAGAGGAGCUGCCAUUUUAUUAGACAAUCUGGCAGAUGUUACUUCAGAAGAAAUUUUCAGUGCAGUGCGCCUAGUCAUAGAUGAUCCUUCCUAUGGUGCUGCAAUGAAACACCUCUCCAAGCUGCAUCGAGACACCCCAAUAUCACCAAUGAAUGCUGCAGUAUUUUGGACAGAGUUUACUAUGCGCCAUGGAGGAGCAGGGCAUCUGCAAGCUGUAGGCAACAAUCUGCCAUGGUACCAGUACUAUCUUCUAGAUGUCAUCACAUUUAUUGUUUUAAUAGUCACAGUCUGUAUCUCCUUGGUAUAUAAGUUCUUGAAAGCCAUCUUUAGAAAAUGCUGUUCAAGGAAGAAAAAGAGAGACUAAAUGCGAUCUGCUUUGGAUUGACACAGCAGAUGGCAGCUAGAAAGAUUGUCUCUUUUCUCGGAUGACCAAAACUGUUUCUGAACUGAACAUAUUGUCCCUUGUUUCCUACCGGCACUGUUCUACAAUUACUACCAAUCUUAUAUUACCAUAAUUUUCUUGAAGUACAAAAUAAAUAAAGAUCAUUUUUGUUUAGAA